AUGUGCCAUUUUUGCAAGCUCAAAAAUGAUCAAUUUGAGGAGAAGAACCUUACAAAGACUAGCGACGCCAGCAAUUCAUUUCUGUCAACAUCACAGGCCACCAGUACAAUAACGACUACUGCUCCGAGUGUGUCUUCGGUGAAGCAGCCUACUGGGAGUGUGGACGCUUCUUCCACUAAGGCUCAGACACCUCCGGUGGUGAAAGCAACUGCUUCAACUCCAGUUCACACGGCGACCUCCGCAUCUCCUUCAGCUCGAGUCGUCACGGCCAAGCCUACAUCUGAUCGAACUUCUGUUAAUACGGCGAAAUCUGCACCGCCUACACCUGCAGUUAGCUCAGGAGAAGCCUGCUGCUUCUAUCACAACUACACCUCCAGUUAG